AUGGAAUUUGUCGAAGAACCAAAUUAUUAUCAAAAUGUAUUCAUCGACGACCUUGGUUACCUUUGUCAGGUCAAUCCGCACCUUGAAUCCAUCAAUCACAUUGCCAAGAUAUGGAUGACGAAAUAUGUACAAGCUAUCGACAUACUCAAUCAGCUAAGCAAAAUAAGCAAUAUCAGAAUACGAUCAUUGUUUUGCCCAAGGAUGCAUGACACAUUUCCUCAAACCAAUUAUGACUUUCGUCUUGUUGAUAAACUGAUUGUAAACGACAUUCAUUUUCCCUCUUGGCACAGAUUUCAGUCGCUGCGUCAUUUGAAAUUAAUGAAAUCACCGUGCUCCGCUAAUUUGAAAUCACUAUUAGAGAAUGUUCCCAUUGAGUCAAUCAGUCUAUAUGACAACUUGGUAGGUGCUACAUAUCUUCUUAAUCUAGGCAGAACAUUCAAAAAGAUAAAACUAUUCUUGACUUCGAUUCAAGAUGAGAAAACACUUGCCACCUCCAUCAACAUCAUUUUCAAUAUUCUCUCAAAGAGUGGAGCAUCACAACAAAUCACCUUGGCAUACAAAUUUAGGAAUUUAGAUCAUUUAAUUCCAUUGAUUUCAUACCUAUCGAUAACCAAUAUUUAA